AUGGUGUCCAUCUUUUUCUCUAUAUGGCCAAGUCUCGCUUCUGGGCUCCCUUGGGGUUGCUUCCUCCUCGUGGUGGCGACCUUCGUUCUUGGCGAAAGACGGCGUCAACAGCCUAAGGCUUCAUCUGAACCCUCUCCUUUAUCUGAGAUGCAGAAACUAUCAAAAAGCCAGAAUCUGCGCCAGAUCCAAGAAUGCCAAGCCGCGAGGCAACCAUACGACGCGUUCCUGGUACUGAAUGUUGAAGGCACCUGUGUAGAGGGCAGCGCUGCAUUUGAUUAUCCGAAUGAGAUCAUUGAAUGGCCUGUCUGCUUGCUACGUUGGCAGGACAAGGAUGAAGCCGGCACUGCCAAAAAGCUCCAAGUUGUAGAUGAAUUUAGGAGCUUCGUCAAACCUACUUGGAGGCCACGUCUCUCAAAGUUUUGCACUCAAUUAACCGGAAUCACGCAGGAGCAAGUAGAUUCUGCACCAACGUUUACGGAGUUAUCCGAACUAUUCAAGAGCUUCAUGGAACGGAACGCCCUUAUUGAGCCCAUAACAGGCCGCCGUCUUAUCCGAUACUGCUGGUGUAGUGAUGGUCCGUACGACGUCCGCGACUUUGUAGUGAAGCAAUGCUUCAUAUCCAAGCCUAACAUGACUCAGUCUGGUUUUCAUCUGCCGACGCGUAUCACCCUGACCAUUCCUCGCCAAUUGCAAGUACUCGGUCUCGGCCCCUUCGAAGGACGACAGCAUAGCGGCAUCGAUGACGCCCGCAACAUCGCACGAAUACUAAUCGAGCUCGCCAAAAGAGGCGUGAGAAUCCAGACUAAUACGACUAUCAAUCCGAACAAGAGGUGGCCCUGGAUGGGCAGGCGCGGGAAGAUACUGGAUAACUAUCAUUAG